GUCAUAUUCGACCUUGUGUGGGUGUGGUGGGAGGCUGAUGACUGGAGAUAUAAAGCCAGGCUCCAGGCCAGGAAGGAGACAGUGACUGCUCACCAUCACAACAUUGCACUACCAAACAUGUUCACUUCCGUGGUGUUAAUGAGUAUGCUGGUAGCCGCAAGUGUGGCUCUCCCAGGGGGAUACCAACAGAUCUCUUAUGCUCCAAUUCCUUACAAUUUCAACUAUGGUGUCAAUGCAGGAGCCACCAACUUUGGCCAGGAAGAGAGUGGUAACGGUGGCAACGCCAAGGGCUCCUACUGGGUCCAACUACCAGACGGUCGACUCGAGAGGGUUGAUUACUGGGCUGACGGUAGUGGAUACCAUGCUACCGUGUCCUUCGAGGGAACUGCCAAACAUCCCAGCUAUACUCCUUCUUAUGGUUACUAACUGUUGAGCUGAUUUCCAUUGUAUCUACAUUUAUUUCAUCAGCUUGAAAUAUAUAUUUCCUCUUGAAAGCAACUACUGGCUACUAUUUAACUUAUCAAGAUGUUUCUUACACCUUGCAAAACGUUAUAUUUUCUUAAGUUUGUAUAUUAAAUAUAACAUUAAAAAACUGACUUUUCGAAACAUUUGAGUUAUGUCUUUGCACGAAAUAAA